AAAGAAAACAAAAAAAGAAUUCGAUUCCCACAAACAUCACCAACCCAUAUCUACACAUACAUUAUACCUCAACACAAAAUCCCCAAAACCACCAUCCAUGGAAGCCCUCACCUGCAAAAGAUGCAAGCAAACAUCCUCCCUCCCUCCCUCCGCCCAGCGCAUCCGCUGCCUCGGCUGCCAAACCCUCCACUCCCUCUCCGCCACCGGCGACGCCGCACGCUCCACCACCCAAGAAUUCCGCCUCGACAUCUCCAAGAAAAAAACCGAAGCAAAGGACCUCUGCCGCACCCUCCGCCGCAAACUCCCCUUCUCCACCACCACGCCGCCGCCGCCGCCGCAAAACACCCCCUGCGCCUCCCUCCGCGGCAAGCCCCGCCCGGGAAGGCGGGCGCUCGUCUGCGGAGUGAGCUACAGGAAGCAGAAGCACGAGCUCAAGGGCAGCGCGCUCGACGUGAGGAAGAUGAGCGCGCUGCUCCUCGAAAGCUUCCACUUCCCGCAGGAAUCCGUCCUCGUCCUCACGGAGGAAGACGGGUUUCUUCCUCCGACGAGGGAGAACAUCGAGGAGGGACUCCGGUGGCUGGUGAGGGGGAUCCGGCCCGGGGAUUCCCUCGUGUUUUACUUCUCCGGCCACGGGAAGAGGCAGCGGGAGGAGGUGGCCGGGGAUGAGAUCGACGGCUUUGACGAGACGAUCUGCCCCGUUGAUUUCGAGGCGAACGGGAUGAUCGUCGAUAACUUCAUCAACCGCGCCAUCGUUAGGCCGCUUGGGCCGGGCGUCAAGCUUCACGCCAUCAUCGAUUCUUGCCACAGUGGAACUAUUCUCGACUUACCCCACGUGUGCAACGCUAGGGGAGAAUGGGAGGAUAAUAGUCCACCUUCUGGAGCUUAUAAAGGAACAAAAGGAGGAAAGGCCAUUUGUUUUAGUGCUUGUGAAGAUUAUCAACUUGCUGCAGAUACCACACUUUUCUCAUCAGAGAGGGAAAUGACUGGUGCCAUGACCAUCACAUUCAUAAAUGCAAUCAAAGAAUCACAAGAGAGAAAUGAGAAGAUAAGUUACAAGGGUGUCAUGGAUGCUAUGCAUGAAAGCAUCAAGCAAGCCGGUAAAUCGGGAGGCAUCUUUGCCGGGAUACGCCGGAGAUUCCACCGGAGAAUCUUGCAGGAUCCAUUGUUGUCAUCGACUGAAGAGUUCAACACCAGCACUGAGUUCAGUCUGUGAUAAUGAUUCGAGUAAAAUGUCACAUUUAAUUUCCUUGAUAAUCUUCUUAGUAAUUAACAUUCAUGUAAGUUAAUUUUUGGAUAUAUACAUUGCCAUGGUAUAAUAAUUAAUAACUGAAAAUAAAGUGUAAAGAAAAAAUCAACCAUAUAUAAUCCUAUGUAAAGUUGGUGCUAGAAUUUCUUCAUCUAUUUGUAAGUGUGUCAAUAAUAUAUAUUUACAUCAAGUGUAACAAGUGAAAGAGUCAUAAUAAUUGAAGCUAAUUUGAAGCA